CGGCGCUGAGGUCAGCCGCGCCCCACGGCCCCGGAGCCCCUGAGCGGUGGCGGUGGCCGUGUCAGCGACGUCUCCACGGCGGCCAGUGUCCCGGGCCCGUCCCGCUCGGGGUGCUCGGUGGGCGGAGCGUCGGGCUCGGUCAGGAAAUCGUUUUGUACUAUUGCUCAUUCAUAGUUGUUCAUCAAAGCCGAGAGUCCUCAAGGACAGAAUUUACCUCUAAACAGAAAGAUGGAAACUAGAGUUCAUUUAUUCUGCCAGGCAGAGGAAGAUAUUGACUUAUUAGAUGAUGCCUGUAAUUCUUUUGCAACUGACUUGCCAUCAGGAACUAUUGACCACAAGAAAUACAUCAGGUUUUCUAAAACAAUAGAGAAGAAAAUUUCACCAGAAAUUAGGAGUUUGAGCCCAGAAUAUAAAAAAAUGUUUGAAACAUCAAUAUUCCUUUGUGGAGAAGAAAAGUCCUCUGAUUUGGUAGAAGAAAAAAAAGUCAGGAAAAAGAGUUUACAAGUACAACAGCACAGCAAAAGAACUGAGAUUGGCCUUCCUUUUCUGAAGCUGUCAAAGGAGAAGGUGACUAGGAAAGAAAACUCUUUACGCAAGUUGCCGAAUCAGCACAGCGUUCACAAGACUUCAUCAUCUCUUUGUACAUCUUCCUCAAUUACUCGGGGCAAGGAAAUGCUAUCUAACCUCUACCUGACAUUAUAUAAUGAAGUAACCCAUGGAUAUUUAUACUACCAAGAAUUAAGUGCACUUCAUAAAGCCUGUAAAAUUUUUAGUAAAAUUCGAAGUGGUAAGAUUUAUGUGAAUGAUCUUCCAGUGAUCCUUUGCAUCUUCAGAAUUUCUAUAAGUGAUUUAGAAAUGCGACAGGCACUAAAGACUAUUGAUAUUGAUGUUAAUGGAAUGCUGGAUUUUUCAAAUUUUCUUAAAGCUGUGACUGAUGUUUCUUAUUUGGUCUCUCAGAAUCCAGCAUUCCAGAAUGCCUUGAAGAUUUUCUGUAGGAUAAAACGUGGUCGAGUUUUAAUUGAUGAAGUGUUUGCUGUUUUGGAUAGCAUGGAUAUUCCUAUAAACCCUGAAAUUUUUGAAGAAGUGAUAAAACAUACCUAUAUUGACAGUAACCACAUGGUGGAUAUUGGGGAUAUUAUAUUUAUUUUGAAUGAACUACAGGAACAGUAUGAGGAAGUUCCAAUUACAGAGGGAUCAACUUUGGAUGAAAUUACUUCAGACAGAAAGUUAUCAAGUGUAGCAGGAUGCUAUCUACAAUGUAAGAAGAAAAACAGUUUGUCUUCUAAACUCCCAGAACCUUCAAUAUCCAAAAAGUUAAAUAAAAAAAGCCACCAAUAUUCUAGCAAAAUUAUGGAGGAGACUGGUGGCCUUGAAUCUAAAAGAUCAAAAAAUGCUUGGGAAAUAAGAAAAUUUCUGGAUGGGGUAGGCAGCAGUAAUGCAGGAGUCCAAGAACCAUAUUCAAAGAAUGGCAUAAACUUUAAAAAACAAUCAGAGAAGGGUGAAAUUCAUGACUCAAAGUCUAAACCACAAAGCUUGAAGAGUAGUGCAAGCCUCAUUAAGUCUCUGGAUAAAAGUAGUAUUUCUAGUAUCCCAAAACUUCAGAAGUCAGCUGUGAGAAAUUGUUCCAGCCUCCUAAAACAAGUUUCAUCUAUGGAAAAAACUGCACUUAAUGCUCUGGAAAACUUUCCUGAAGCUGUCAGUGAACCUCAAGAAAAUUACUUUGCUGCAGAAGGACUUCAGUCUAUUUUACCUUCAAUAGGAAUUGCUUUAUUAGAUAAAGAAUCCCAGAAGAUUGUGACAGACACUACUAGAAAUGAAAAUGGAAUGGUGAAGUUAGAUGACUUUAUAAGUGCUGUCGCCAAGGAGCAAAGUGUUCCUGGAUGCAAUACGUUGCCUGGUGUCAUUAAAGCCAUUGAUAAAAUUAAAGAUAAAAAUGUGGAUUAUGAGGAUCUAAAUACUUGUCUUCAGAAUUUUGGUAUUUACCUUUCUAAGCCAGAAUUUAAGAAGAUCACAGAAUUGAUUGAAGCUGGUGAAACAGAAAAAGUAAAUUUUAAAGAAUUCAUUGAUACUAUGAUGAGCAACGCAGAAUGCUUCUCUGAAAAAUUAUUAUUGCCUGAUGCUAUUGAAGCCCUCGACAAUCUCAGAAAGGAGACGAUGAGUGUUUCUGACCUGUGGAAUACUCUGUCUAGUUUGAAUACUCAUUUAAAAAAGGAUGAAUUCCUAGAGGCAUUGAAAAUAGUGACAGUUGAUGAAGGUGAUAAAGUACAAUUUGAAGAAUUUGCAAAAGUAGUAAAGAAUAUGCGUGAUGCCUCCAGGUUAAAGGAGUUACAAGAAGUUGUCUUAGCUGCUGAUUUGCUUGAAGGUGACAUGAUAACUGGGAAGAACUUGGAAGACUUUCUAAGAAAUAUUGGUAUUAAGUCACCUAAAGAAGAGGCAGAGAAAAUUCUUCAAUCAGAUUUUGUUUCUGAAGAUAACAUGGUGAACAUUAAAGACUGUAUGAAGGCUUUGAGGGACACCCAGAAAUUUUCCAAUUAUAUUGCAUUGAAUGAGACUAUCAAUACAUUGGACUCCAUGAAAGAAAAUUGUCAGUUUGACAAAGACAAAAAUCCAGAUGUACUUGAAAACACUGAUAGGCUUUCUUUUACUGAUGACAUUCUUCAGGAAAUAAUGGGUGACUCCUUUGUUGAUGGUUUUAGGAAAGAGGCUUCAGAUCUAAAAUUACCAACGGUAAAUGAGAUUAAAGAAGCUGCUUACAUCUUGUCACAUGUUGAUAAUGCCAAGAUUGGUAUACCUGACUUGGAGCAUGCCUUAAAAUGUUUGAAUGUUAAUUUAACUGAGGAGGACUUCAAGGAAGCCCUUAACUGUUGUAACAUCAGUGAUAAUAUGGAGGUGGAUUUAAAAGAUUUCUUAAUGAAAAUGAAGGAAAGUCCACAUUUCCAAAAGUCCAAGGCUACACAGAUACUCUUAGCUACUGCCCAAAUUCUCCAGAAUGAUCUAAUUGAUGUCUCUGACCUCAAGACGUUAUUAAUGGACAACGACCUUCAUACAGCUAAUGCUGUACUUACUGUAAUGUUAAGACAUGUGCCUGAACAUGAAAGUGGCAAGGUUACCAUUCAAGAAUUUAUGACUAAAUUCUCUGAUAUAUUGACAAUUCCUGAAGCUGCAGAAGAUAAAUUUUACAACAACAGCAUUCACAAAAAUGAUGUUACAGCCAUUUCUGGUCUCCAGGAAGAUUUAAAUGCCAUAGGAAUCUGUCUGACGGAUGAUAAAAUACAGAAAGCUUUGGAUAAUACUAAUCCUAAUGAUGAAGUGGUGCAUUUUAAGGAUUUUAUCAAAGAAUUGGCCAACACUGAUGAAUUUAUUGAAUGCCAAAGAAUAGAAGAUGCAUGUAACAUUAUUAAUAGUAUCUGUGAUGGAAAAGUUGGAAUUAAAGACCUUUUAUCCACUUUGAAGAGCCUGGAAAAACCUUUAAAUGAAGAACAAUUUAAGGUCUUAUCAAACCAUGCAACAGAUGAAAGAAAUGUGAUCUUAAAAGAUGUAAUUGAUGUUUUCACUAAUUCACCUAACCCAUCAACACCAUUCCACAAUUUACUUAAAGAGAUCACAACUCUUGAUAGUAUCAGAAAUGAUACAAUGCCUGUAAAUGAGCUGAGCUCCAAACUCUUGAGUGCUGGCAUUCCAAUAAGCAACAAGACAUUCCAAGAGAUCUUGAGACAAGCAUCUGUUGAUGAUAUAGACGCAGCUCUCAAUACUGUCAACUUGAUGAACUGUGACAGAGUUCAACUUAGUGACUUGAAAAAUGCUUUUGAUGACCUCAAUAUUUCCUUAAAGCCCGAAGAACAUCAGAUGUUAGUGAAAACACUUGAUGCUGAUGAAAAGGGAGACACUUCCCUAAAGAGUGCACUUUUCACAUUGAAAAGCAAUAGGCGUUUACAAGAUUUCAGAGAGGUUAACAAACUUGCAAAGGCCUUAGACAAAGUCACCAAUGAAAAACUUGAUGCUGAUGAUGUUAAUUCUGUACUGAAAGGCCUGGGGAUUUAUUUUCCAGAGGAAGAAUUACAGGAGGUGCUUGGAUCCAUUUGUGUGGAUAAAGAGGAGAAAGUGAACUUAAAAGAUUGCCUGAAUCAGUUGAUGCAAAUGCUGUAUUUUACUGAAGGUUCAAAAACAGAAGACUCCUUGAAAGUUCCGGCUUCCAUUAAGAAAAAUGUAGCUAACCCUGAUGACCUAGGCCUCAUAAUGGAAAAUGUAGGAGUUCCAUUACCCCAAGAUGUGAUUCAAAGAACACUGAACAAUGUGGCUCUCAGUGAGGAUGGGACAGUGAAUUUAGAAGAGUUUAUGAGCAAUUUGGUCAAUUCAGGAUUUUCAUCUCUACCUGAAAGAGAGAAGAUUGAUGUCAGUAACGUGGAUGCUAUUCUGAAAAACAUGGAUAUAAAACUUACAGAAGAAGAACAACAAUAUCUACUAGACCACCUGUCUACUACUGCUGAUGAAGAUAUGGAUAUGAAUACAUUGACAGGGGUUGUGAAGAUGCUUAAAGAAAAAAUUGAGAUCUGUAACCUGGACAAUUUCCUGGAAGAUAUGGGGAUUGAGCUUACAUAUGAGGAACACAGAGAGCUAGUAAAUCGUCUCCCAACCAGUGCUGAUGGGAAGAUAAGUCAACUUAAACUGAUGGAUACCAUAAAGACUCUUAAAGGAGACAAGAUUAAUACUAAAAAGCCUAACAAUAUUCAGGAGAAGUUGGGAUUGGAACUCACAAAUAAGGAGUCUUGGAAUCUACAAGAACAUUUACCAGUUGAUGGUAAACAUUUCUGGCAUUGCUGAUAUUUUUAGAGGAACUUAUUUUAUCUAUGAGAAUUAGUUAAAUGAUACCUAUAUUGCCAUAUUGCAGCUUUGAAAUGUAUUCAGAAAUGUUAACUCUUAAAUAUGUUUAAAUAUUGUCUUCUGUUAUAAUUCUUUGGUGUAAUUGGUAGGCGUAAGCAAUAUCUGAGAGUGUCUCUACUAUGAGUGACUUAACUUAGGGGAAGAAAACAGAUAAAGGAAAAUACAAAGGUAAAUGAGGAGUAUAGAAGGAAAGAGAAGGCCUGAAAGUAAGAUACCAAGAAAUGGAGAAUAAGGCCAGGAAGAGGUUAGGCAAUUAGAGUUUCAAUAGUUCUUAGACCAGAAAUAAGGGCAGGCUGAACAUCACCCAUAAGUGUGAUCUGAUUCUUUUUUUUUUCCCCUCAGCUUUUAUUUUAAAUUCUAGGGUACAUGUGCAGUUUUGCUACAUAGGUAAACCUAUGCCAUGGUGGUUUGCUGCACAAC